AUGUCAAUUGUAAGCCCCGCAAAUAUACCCAUGGAAGCUAACCUCAAGCUUCCAACUGUAGAGGGUGAGCCAGUACCAGACCUGUCUACCUAUUGCAAACUUGUUGGGAGGUUAAUGUACCUCACUAUAUCCAGACCGGACAUCACUUUCGCUAUUGUAAAGCUUGCACAGUACAUGUUUGAGCAAAAAAUGCCACAUUUAAAUGCUAUUCAUCACGUCUUACGCUAUUUGAAAGCAUUUCCUAGGCAAGGGAUUCUUUUCUCAGCAAAUUCGAAGUUUAACAUCUCACUAUAUGCUGACGCUGACUGGGACAGCUGCCUUGACACUCGCAGAUCCACUACGGGUUAUUGCAUUUUUUGGGAGAUUCCCUUGUGUCCUGAAAAAGAAAGAAGUAAGAUGUGGUUUCUCGAAUCUCUAUAG